UGGAAACGUAUUUCUCAUCAAUUGAUUUUUUUUUCAAUAAAUUUAUAAAAAUGUAAGAAAAAAUUUUGUGUUUUGGACCGAAAUAAGGAUUUUACUGAAAAAAAAAUACGAAAAAUCAUAUUGAAUUAGAUUUAGCUUACAUUUCUACAUGAAAAAGUGUUGAAUAUAGUCAUUCCGUUGCAUUGUGUCACGUUGAACGCACCCCAAGUUGAAGUUAUGUAUUGUGCCUGUUGUACAAUAAAUAUUUUUCGUUUAAAAUAGUUGGCAAUGUGAAAUUGCGACUAAUGGAACAACGUAUCCUUCUGUGUCAUCACAUAGUUAAACCCUCCAUAUUAUUAUCAACAUCAAAUCGCUAAAUGUAUCGCAAUAACACAGUGCAUUCAUGCUGGCAGAAUGUUUAGAACAAUUUGACGUUUCACUGUUGCUGUCUCUGUCUUUGUUAUUUGUUAUUGCGUUCAGCUGUUUUCUUCGUGAAUGCGUAUUUUACAGAACUGAAGUGAAAUUUGUUAUGGUCACGAUUUUACGUCGUUUAGUCCAAGAAGUUGUUUAUCUUACGAAGAAUUUUCAUCCACUCAGAAUGGCUUGGCGUUCAGUUGGAUCCGAUAAUGCUGAUUUAAUCAAUCAACUUGAAGAUGUUGGCGUAAUCAAAACGCGAUUAGUUAAAGAGCUAAUGACAGAAACCGAUCGAAAACAUUACUGCACACGAACACCAUACGUAGACGCACCUCAAAGUAUUGGCAAUGGUGUGACUAUUAGCGCACCACACAUGCACGCUUACGCUUUGGAAAAUCUUGUGGAAAAGUUCAAAUACGGUGGCAGAGCAUUGGACGUUGGAUCCGGUUCGGGUUAUUUGACCGCCUGUUUAGCUAGAGCAAAUCGAAAAGCAAUCGGACCGAAAGCGAGCAAUGAAAAAAUGGUUGUUGGAAUCGAGCAUCAAGCCACAUUAGUUGAAUUAGCCAUUAGAAAUAUUAACGCCGAUGAUCCAAACUUUAUCAAGAAUGGUGAAUUGGUUAUUGUUGAGGGUGACGGAAGAAAUGGCUAUGAAGAAUUUGCUCCAUAUGAUAUUAUACAUGUUGGUGCUGCGGCUCCGAAAACUCCUGACAUUCUCCUGUCCCAAUUGAAAAAUGGAGGCCGAUUGAUUUGUCCGGUUGGACCUCAAUUUGGAGCUCAAUAUCUAGAGAUGUAUGACAAAGAUGAGCGAGGUGAAGUGAGCCGAACAAAAUUGAUGUCAGUGGUGUAUGUGCCACUGACUGAUCUGAAUGGAACUGCGCGAUGACUGCAAAACUGUUGUACAAUAGUCUGAUUAGUUUACUUUUGUUCUUGUGCUUAAUUCAGUUAUGAAGCCCGUUUUAUUUAUACUUUGUCCUGACAAACAAUAUUGUACUACUAAUUUUCCACUGCCUUCUCUACCUUAAAGCUUAAUUUUCUUUACUUUUUUUUUGAUGAGAUCUCUGCUCUGUUCUUAAAAGAUAUCAGACAUUUGUACAUUUUUGUCCCAGUAUCACAUAUGGCAAUGUCGCGACUUGUAUUCUAAAGAAAUCAUUUAAAUCUUAGUGUUUAACCACGGGUCCUAAUUAUUUGACGCUGCGAGAGUUAAGAUGAAAAGUAUUUUUCGUUGAAUUAAAAUUUAAUCCUACACUUUUUUUCAAUUAAACAAGCAUUUAUUAUCUAUUGGUAUCCCAAUAAAAAAAAGCUGAAUCUUUCGAUCAAUA